GAAAUACAUUAUUCCGAGUAUUAUUUGUUUAUGAAAUUCUGGUACACUUUUUCCUGCCUUCCCAAAACAAUCGUCCAACAACUCUACUCCCCACCCCACCCCCAGUAAAAUACCCAGAUUGUACAAGUACAUCCCAAGAGCUUAGCAGACCCAGACCAGUUCUGGUACUAAAAAGCUCUCUCAUGGCUCGAAUCGCUCAUUCUCAUCAAAUUCAUGGAUGGCUCAAACGGCUUAAAUGGCACACCAGGCGCACAUUUCGCUCAAUGCUCGCAGAACAAGCGCUGCUAUUUGUCUCCAGAUUUUGAUCCACUCUACCCAUCUCGAUCCCUGAUUCCUUGAUGCAUUCGUCCCAGUCUUCCUAAUAAUUGCUAACGCUUGAUUUUCUAUGUAGUAGAAGACAAGGACAAGAGGGAAAAAUUAUAACUGCUCGGGUCCAGCCGUGUGGUCUUCUUGUUGGCUCAGUCAUAUAUAGACCUCGUCCAGACCCUGAUGUCCACCUUCGAGCAGUAUGACAUCUCAUCGUCUUUCUCUUCUAUUGUGGUAGUGUGUCAUUCUUGUUUUAGGGAACUGGCUCCUCGCAACUGUAUAUUUGAUCCAAUUGAACUCAGGUACACGAGGAUGACAGUCGUUUGGUGAUCUCUUCGUCUUUGUCCUUCGUUGGUUGCUUGAAUAUAUAUUGGCAGGUUUCUUGGGAAAAGUUUUUUUGUAUUUUGGUCUUUGGGAGCAAACAAAAUAAAGAACUACCAUACAUACAUACCAUAUCCUUUUUACCACAAUUCGAGGAUUUUCAUGGCUGGAUUCCAGUGAAAUCACUAUUCCUCCCAAAGAAAGAAGAUUUUCUCCCCGAAUUUUUCUGAGAUACGAAGAAUUAUUUCUACUUGGUCUGACGGGCAAACAUAUCGAACGACCCAAGCUCAGUCCUCCUCUUACGACUCCCCCGUUUUCGCGCAUCACCACCACCACAAACUGCCCUCGAGACCUUCAUUCCACGUCCCUUCCCUCCACGACAUAUACUGGCAUCAUUUGACCAACAUCGAAGACACUGGCCCAAUCUUGUUUCUAUACGUUGCAAUCCACCCCUUUUGAAGGAAUUUUGGAAAUUGACGGAAUCCUAUCAUACAUGUGUUACGGGUCUUCUGUAAAAUUCUUCAUAAUAUCAUAUCAAACCGGGUCAAAAUCGCCCACUUCCAUAAGCCCUUUUUUUCGACCUCAUCAUAAAAGACUUCUAUCCCGCGGUUGUCUUGCUUGAAACAUAUACGAGUCUUACACGCCAAAUCCGGUUUGCCACUUCCUACGCCUAUACCUCACGAAUUUACCAUACCUACUCAACUGAUCCCGUGUGACGUUCAGCCUGUUCCUCACUUGACCGCUGUGGAUCUUGUCUAAAGGGAGCUCCUCGUUCUCUUUCACUCCAUACUCUAUUACUUUAAUUUUAAGUAGCAAAAAUGGCUUUGCCUAGUCUCGAUAUAUGGCAAUGGGCCUUCUUAAUACUAUGGCUCCAUCGUUAUGUCAGAUUUAUUGUCAAUACUAUCAGCCAUUGGGUUUACAGAACAGUGCCAAUACCAUCGAAUCCUUCUUUCACAUCGAAAGAUGUGAGCGUCAUAAUACCUACGAUUCAUAAUAAUUUCGACGAAUUGAGAGAUUCUCUGCAGAGUAUCCUCGCAUGUCAGCCAGCCGAGCUUAUCCUCGUCACUACAGCCGACAAACACGAAAAGCUCAGGAACUUUUCCAAAUCUUUGGAGGCUAACAACGUUAGUGUUUACUUUGCACCAAUCGCGAACAAGCGUAUCCAAGUAUGCGAGGUCAUUCCAAAAGUGAAGACGCGCAUCUUGGUAAUGGCAGACGAUGAUGUCACGUGGCCAAGAACAAUCCUACCCUGGUUACUUGCACCCUUUGAGAACGCAAAGAUUGGUGGUGUUGGGCCAUGUCAACGAGUCAAGCGAGUACGCAAUGGCACCUUUGCCGAGCGUGCAUUCAAUUGGCUUGGAGCUGCUUAUAUUGAGAGACGCAACUUUGAAAUUUCGGCAACCCAUGGUAUUGACGGUGGAACCUCCUGCAUGUCUGGGCGAACUUGUGCAUUCAGGUCCGAGAUUCUGCAAAGUCCUCUCUUCUUGGAUGGAUUUAAAACAGAGAGAUGGGGGCAAUAUCAACUCAAUGCGGAUGACGAUAACUUUGUUACGAGAUGGCUUGUUGCAAAUCAAUGGUCGACAUGGAUUCAAUACAACCGAGAGUGUGAAAUCGAAACGACACUCGAGAACAAUUUCAAGUACUUGUACCAAUGCUCGAGGUGGGCUCGCAGCAAUUGGCGAAGUAAUUAUACUAGUUUGGUUACGGAAAGACAUGUUUGGCAUCAACAACCAUGGUGUGUCUAUGCUCUGCAUAUUGCCACCUUUACCUCCUUGUCCUUCGCUUUCGAUCCUCUCAUCAUCUACCUUUCGUUGAAGGCCACUGCAUCUUGGUCGCCACAGAAUCAGAUGAUUGCAGUGGUUGCCCAAUUGGUUUUCAUGCUUUUAACGAAAGUCGUGAAGUUGAUCGGCCUCUUCAUUCGAGAACCAAAAGAUAUUGGAUUCCUUCCAAUCUCUAUUCUCUUUGGAUAUUUCCAUGGGUGGAUUAAAUUAUAUGCACUGCUGACACUUCGGAUGACUUCGUGGGGUAGUCGUGCAGACGGAGAUGCCAAUGAUAGCCAUCGUAUGAGUCCUCGAGCACGCCGCAGCGAAAGCAUUACACUUCCACCGGGCAACCACCCCGGUCUCGUCCGCUAUAAAGACGAAGUGCAAAUGGAAGCACCCGAAACUAUUGAGAGCUCUCAACACACCUCCUUAUCGGAAAAGUCGAGCUGCGCGGUGGAACCGGAGCUUGACCCCUAUCUCCAUUCGGAUGAUGAGUACAACGCGACUUUCUUUGAUGAAAGUAAUCUCGACUCCGCUUCCGAUGGCUCUUACGAUGCAAAUGAUUCUCAUGAUGAUGAUGAUGUCUUUCUUUCUCAUUAAUUUCCUGAUGAGGCAGUUGUAGGAAAGGACCCCCCUGAGACGCUAGUGCAGCAUUGUCCUGGGGGCGAUCGCUUUCCUACUGAUUGUCAUUUACAUGCGUUGUCUUAUUGUUUCAACGUUUCUUCACAUUUCCGGCCGGCGUACGCGCUCGUGCAUUCAGCAUAUUGGUGAUUGAAAAGAUUAACUGGGUUAUUGAUUUCUACACAACAUAUUCUUGCAUUUGUUUUUGGAGUUUAUCUUUCAUUUACUUUUCUUGAAAAGAGAUGAGAAGACUUGGUAGUUGCUUUAGGAUAUCGAUGUACAUACCCACAUCCCACACCUCAGAAUUUGUUUAUUUAUUUUUUUCUAUUUAUGUGUUGUUUCUAUGUUGUUCACUCCCAAUUUGAUAUUUUCUUCAUUUCCCAUUUAUUUACUAGGAUGGAAAUUCGGUCUACAAAAGUGUCGGGGUGACGGGCAUUAAGGACGGUGUCGAAAAAGAAAAAAAUUCUUUCCGAUAUCUUCAUUUCAUUUUCUUUUCCUUCUUACUUAAUUAUCUGGGGGGUUUGAAGGAGGAAAGACUCUCAUAUAGAGGUCCACAAUCAAAAUGGGAAUAGGAUCUAUGAGAAAAUAAUUUUUGGUCACGGAAAUAAAGGCAGCAUGAUAGUGAUCUGAUCUGAUCUAAUCAAAUCAUGUAGAAUAGAAGCAUAAUUAUCUCCAUAGCAUAUGGAUGCGAUAAGAUGGGAUGGUCUGUAUAGGAGACUCGGAAGCCACAAACACAUAGUUUGGAUCUUCAAUAUCAAAUUAUCGUUCGUUUGUCUA